UUUUUUCUUUUGUAGUUUUUCAUGUGAAAUUUGUGUUUGUUACUAAGAAGUAUAUACGUAGAAAAUUCGAAUAAGCUAUAGAAAAUUUAGAUAAAUGUUUAUACAAUAAUUUGAAUCUUCUUUAUAGUAAUAAUUAUCACUAGAUUAAUAAAUUGAUAAACUUAAUAUUAUAUAAGGAUUCUACCAAAAAUUAUAAAUGGAGGAAUCGCAGGAAUAAUUGGGGUAAGUUGCGUUUUUCCAUUAGAUUUGGUAAAAACGCGUUUACAGAAUCAACAAAUUGGUCCUAAUGGCGAAAGAAUGUAUAAAUCAAUGUUUGACUGUUUUAAAAAAACGUAUCACGCUGAAGGUUACUUUGGGAUGUACCGCGGCUCAGCGGUGAAUAUACUUUUAAUCACACCUGAAAAAGCAAUUAAAUUGGCAGCAAAUGACUUUUUUCGACAUUAUUUGACUACGAAAUCAGGUGACUUACCAAUAACAAGACAGAUGCUAUCUGGAGGUCUUGCCGGUUUAUGUCAAAUUGUUGUAACAACGCCAAUGGAAUUGUUAAAGAUACAAAUGCAAGACGCAGGACGAACACAAGGGAAAAAUUCAUCAAAAAUAUCAGCAUCUAGCAUUGCCUUAAGUUUAUUUAGAGAAAAGGGUCUAGCUGGUUUAUAUAAGGGAACCGGAGCAACUAUGCUGCGUGAUGUAAGCUUUAGUGUGGUAUACUUUCCCAUGUUUGCUAUUCUAAAUAAUAUGGGUCCUCGUAAAACCGAUGGAAGUGGUGAAGCUGUAUUCUGGUGGUCAUUUUUAUCAGGGUGUUCAGCUGGUGCUUUUGCUGCAUUAUUUGUAAAUCCAUUUGAUGUAAUAAAAACAAGAUUACAAGCUCUCAAAAAAGCUGAAGGAGAAUUGGUAUUUAAUGGAGUUGCUGAUUGCAUAAAAAAAACGUUGAAAAACGAAGGUCCUACAGCGUUUUAUAAAGGAGGCUUAUGCCGUAUGAUAGUAAUUGCACCGUUGUUCGGGAUAGCACAAAUGGUCUAUUUUCUUGGACUUGGUGAGAAAAUUUUGGGAAUCGAUAAAUCUAAAUAAAAAAAAAAUCUAGAAAAAAACUAAAUCAAUAAAAAAAACUAAAACAAUAAUUGAUCAGACAAUAAAUAGGUACUAAUCUUAAUCUGGAAUGUUAAACACAAAAAAUGACACAUAAAGCUGUAUGUAGUUGCUGAAAAAACCUCAACGAAAGUCAAUGCAUUUAUGUUAGGUAGUCGUCAUCCAUAAGAACUGUGUUCAAUUAUGUAUCUUGUUGAAAUAAUCCUUACAAUAAAAACAUA